GGGCUGGUGUUUUUUUCCUUUCUUGUGCUGAAGGAGAGCAGAUCAGCUUUCUGUUCGACUGUAUCGUCCGUGGCAUCUCCCCGACGAAAGGCCCCUUUGGUUUGCGUCCAGUCCUACCAGAUCCAAGUACAAAUCCAGCCUAUUCAGAAGAAAGAUUGGCUCAUGAAGCUUUGCAAUUAGAAAAGCGCUUGAGCUUGUUGUCCCAUACAAGUCGCCAGGGCAGUGGAGGAGAUGACAGAAGUCUUUCCAGCUCGUCUUCAGAUACCAGCCAUUCAGAUGUUAGUGUUGGGAGCAGAUUGACAAUUUGGCCUGAACAGUCUUCAGCUAGCACCUCUCAAGAGAGUCACGGACUGGCAGCUGCAAAGGGCAUUCAUCUUGGGGAAGAAAAGACCCUUCCAGAAGGGGCACGCGGCACCACUAAACCACCUCCAAAGCCCCUCCGAUCCAGACAGCUACAGGAAAUAGGUCGUCAGAGUUCUUCUGACAGUGGAAUAGCUACUGGUAGUCACUCUUCUUACUCUGGAAGCUUCUCUUCCUAUGCUGGCAGCUUGGACAUUUGCCAUGGUGAUGAAUUUGGAUCAUUGCUAAGCUUGCCAUUGAACUUUCCUUCGGAUCAGAAUUUAUGUACUUGUCCUCACAGUGAGCCCCAGAGAGGUGCGGGAUCAGAGUAUCAGGUUCCCAGCUCUCUCAGACAUAUUUAUGAUAUACCCAGGAGUUUGUUACAGGCAGCUUCUAAAGAUGUGCAACCGAAGAGUGCAGAUUCCACGCUACCCAAGGACCAGGCCCUGUCACCUCAAGGUGCUAGUGACCCAAAACUGCUGCUACCACACUUGGAAGCACGGAGGGUACCUGAGCACAGCCAGGACAGAGGGAGGCCUUCAUCCUUACCCGCAGAAAGCAGCAAGGACUCAAGUGAUGAGACAUAUGUGGAUUUUAUUUCGAGGUGGUCAGACACAAAAGCACAAGGACAGGUAUCAGACUCCAAAAGUGGUGAGUUGUCACCACCUAGUGGGGCCUCAGCUGACCCCUAUGACACAUAUAGACCCCACCUUGGGAUGACAAGAGCUCUUUUUUCAGCUUGUCCAAUCUGUGGUGGACUAAAGGGAACAGCAAUAUUACAGUCUGGAGUCUUACCAGCUAUACCAGGUGGUGCUUCUGUCAUGACAGCUUCUGGGUCUUUGAAAGUGCAUAGAGGGCACAGUCUCCAAGCUGGUCCUAAAGGUGGUUAUGAGAUGCUAACACUUCCUGUAGAACCUGGAACUCCUACUAGCCCUGAGGAACCUGAAGGGGCAGUAGGUUAUUCAGCUGAUGUCCCUACAACAGAUCGACCCCAAAGUGAAACAGCCACCUAUGUUAAUAUUCCUGUCAGCCCUACUUCCAAAAAACAGCUUCAUUACAUGGAACUGGAACUUCAAGAAACUAGCACAAGCAUAAGAGGGAGUGGAUCAUCCCGAUAUGCACAAAUUGACAUUGCAGCCACCGAGACAGCCCACAAAGUGGGAACACAGCAUGCUCAGUGCCGGGAGGAACGCUUGCAGGAGCUAGAGCAGAAGAAGAAAGGGGCUCAGCAGUGA